AUGGGCCCAACUAUCCUUAUACCUCUAUCCCCAUUCCCCCAAAUGCAACCUGUUCGCAUUAUCCCCCUUAAAAUUCAGAAGACGGCCGCAAAUGCGCUGGUGUCAUGGAAAAUGACAUCAGCCGCCCUGGCCAGCAUAAAUCGCCGCAUCAAGAAGCACCUCCAGCGUAAGGUCGAUUUAUACGUAGAGCGCAGCGAAGUCCUACGCAAACGCAGGGCCGCCGACACGGCUGUAGCUGAGAAGCGCAAACGGGAGGAUGAGGCCUUUAAGGCGGAGGUUGGGAGGGCGAAUGUGAAAGCAGCGGGAGGAGCAGAUCCGGCUUGCGGGAAGGUUGACGAAGGGGGAAAUGUCGUUGAUGGCUGA